AUGACUGCCCAGCAUCUUGGACAAUUCCAGGACGUGGAGGCAAACAACGGUCAUCACUUUCAAGAAAAUUCAAGACUUCUUCCUAUUGGCGAUGGCAUCAACUAUCAAGAAAAUUCGCACCCUCUUGUUCACAGAGGCGUUAUAAUUCUAGUCUGCCUCGUAGUAGUGGGAUUUCUUUCUCGAGGUUUGAUCAAACAACAUCAACAACAGCGCACAAACACCAAUUCAAGCCAAACGAUAAAAUUCUCCUUGUGGAUGAUCCCUCCGCCAUCGGUUUCGGACGUCUUGGAAGAACAAAUAUCCUUCUAUUCAAAGACCUCGGGUGGUCCUUACUUUGAUCCUCAUGUUACUGUCACGGGUGGCAUAGAAUGCGAUUCCUUCGAUGAUGCCAAGAAGAUUGUCAGCCUCCUGCAACAGGAGCUUUCUGGAUUUGGAAAAGUCGACGCAGUUUUUCAAACGAAAGCCCGAAACUUUGACACAUGGAACCAGGCAUUGCUAGUUGAAAUGGACGCUUCUCCAAAAUUUGUAAAACUAUGUCAGCGUGUCAGAGAACUACUGAAAAUGGAUACAACGAAUCUGUUUUCACCACCAGUGAAUGCCCCGCAUUUGUCAUUAUUUUAUGGUGUCAACAACGUACCAAACGCAAAUGACGUGGAGACGAUACCCAACUUUACUUCCAAUACACUUGCCCUGUAUAUAACAGAUCCUGCAACUGCCGAAGGGGUACCUGAAUGGGAGUUUUUCGCUGAAAUUUCUCUCGCAUAG